AUGUUCUUCAAUAUAUUUAUGACACCCAUCACUUGGUUCAAUCUUCUACUAUGCAUCGCUUCUGAUAAUGAAACUUUCCAUCUACCUAAUUUCGACACUGCUAAUGAAGUUAUUACAAAUAAUACUUAUUCUGGCAUCUCAGAUACCUUUGGAUUUCUCGAUUACCUCAAUUUUGAGCCAAUGUUUAGCUCAGAAUUUCCAUCCGAUCCUUCACAGCUCAUUGAUUUCGCUCAGUUGAGUGAAACUGAGGAUAUAAGCAGUGAAGAAUCGAAAUCCGAAACUAAUCAGAUCACAAAUUCUCCUUAUCCUGGCUUCUCCGAUAUCUAUGGCCACAAUAAUUUUGAGUUAUCACUUAGCUCAGAUAUGGACUCAUACAGGAAUCUGUGGAGAGAUGCUAACGAAGAAUUAAAAACGAGUGAUGAUAACCUGCGAUAUCCUUCCAUUGGAGAUGCUCAGAAUGAAACUUCUUCCUCACUUAAUCUCAACAGCGACGAUAUUAUCACAUAUAUGCACUUACCUGGCUCACAACAAAAUGCCGUUCCGAUUUAUUUUCACCAACUUACUCUUCCCCCAGAUGAUACUUCCAGUCAAAAUGCAACUGCUGAACAGAGCAACAUCGACAAUAAGCAUUCAGAUUAUUUGAAUAUCCUCGAUUACAGGGGAAAUGCCUAUAAAGAAGCAGAAACAGAUAUGAAAAAUUAUACUUGUCAUUACCCGGGAUGUACUGUGAUCACGAAAAAUUACAAAGAAUAUGCAACACAUAAGAAAACACACGGUCAACCCUUCAUCUAUGAAUGCAAAGUGCCCGAUUGUGGGCGAACAUUUGACCAUAAAUCAUCAUUUUACAAUCACAUGCAGACGCAUGAACCUCAUCCUCAAUGCGAGUGCUGUGGCAAAGUCUUUGUCAGCAAGAAUGUACUGACUUAUCAUAAGAAGCGCUGCCCUACAAAAUCUCAUGAACGAUGCUACGAAUGCUUUUAUCUCGGAUGUACUAUGAUCACGAACAGUUACAAGGAAUAUAUAACACAUAAGAAAAUACAUGGUCAACCCUUCAUCUAUGAAUGCAGAGUGGCUGGUUGUGGGCGGACAUUCAACCAUGAUUCAACAUUUCAUAGCCACAAGCAAACGCAUGAAUCUAAUCCUCAGUGCGAGGAUUGCGGCAAAUUCUUCAGUACCAUGAAUAUACUAUUUAGACAUAGGAAACUCUGCCAAAUAAAAUCUCGUGGAAAAAGCUACGAAUGUCUUUAUCCCGGGUGUACUGUGAUCCCGACAAGUCGCAACGAAUAUGUGACACAUAGAAAGACACACGGUCAGCCCUUCAUCUAUGAAUGCAGAGCGCCCGGUUGUGGGCGAAUAUUCAGCAGUGAAUCGUCAUUUCGCAAACACAAGGAAACGCAUAUACCUCAUCCUCAGUGCGAGGAUUGUGGCAAAUUCUUCACCACCAGGAAUGGACUGCAAAACCACAAAAAGAUCUGCCAAACAAAAUCUCGUUAG